AUGAGUGACAAUGACCUGAAAACUCACCCGUUGGUCGUGUUGGUUUCUGAUAACGGAGAACCCUCACUGUCAGCGACUGUGUCUAUUGAUGUAGUAGUGGUUGAAAGUACAGGUGAAAUCCAGACUCAAUUCAGAGCUGUGCCGAGAAAGGAGGAGAAGUUCUCUGAUUUAAACCUGUAUUUGCUGAUCGCCAUUGCCUCGGUGUCAGUGAUAUUUUUACUGAGCCUCAUCAGUUUAAUAGCUGUAAAAUGCCACGGGACAGACGACAGUUUCAGAAGGUACAGCGCCCCAAUGAUCACCACACACCCUGACGGGAGCUGGUCUUACUCUAAAUCUACUCAGCAGUAUGACGUGUGUUUCAGCUCAGACACACUGAAGAGUGACGUGGUGGUUUUCCCUGCGCCAUAUCCACCUGCAGAUGCAGAAUUGAUCAGUAUUAAUGGAAAUGACACGUUAAACAGAACACAAACGCUUCCUAAUAAAGAGCAGGUAAGAUCUACAUUAUAUACAUAAACGGGCCUAUUUUUCGAUUAAAUUGAAUCUGUAUUGUUCAUUUGUAUUUCAUGCAGUCAAGAUUAUGGUUUUCGAAGUGCCUCUUUUCCAGAAAUCAGCCCUCCACUCGAGAGUUGUCACAUUGGCUUUGUUUUGCUCUGUGUCUGGCUUAAUAGAGCGAGUGUUGCUGUCCAAGGUGCUGAAGGCGCGCUAA